CGGAUCUUUGAUCAAAUAGAUUCUUUUCAGGCUAAAAAGAAGGCAGUAUCAACAGAACCUACACAAAAUGAGGCUGUUGUUUAUGAGAUCUACGACCUUGCUGAUCGAGGGAAAUCUACUGAUCUUGAGAAGUUGGCUGAACUUGAUCGUCGUAUUGAGCAAAUGGAGGCCCUACUAGGCCGGCCCGAUCCGGCUCGCCUAUCUGCUCUGACCGCGGAUACUGCGCACCACGGCUUGGUUGAGGCAGCUUCUCGCCUUGCUGCUCGAUCUGCCCUCCUGCAGCCCACCCAUCUAGAUCAUGUAGAGGCGAGACUUUUUGGACUUCAUACUAGGUUGCAGUCCUUAACUGAAAAGCGGGAAGCUAUAGCGGACGCCGACACACAGAACAAGAUAGCGGAGCUUUACGAAUUAGUGAAAAAAUGGAACAAUGUAUACGAAAGUCUGCCGACCAUAGUCGACCGCUUGUCAAUCAUGAAGGACUUACAUGAACAAGCCGCUGAUUUCAGUCGUGGUCUAGCCCUGAUGGAAUUAGGGCAGAAAGGCAUGGAAGAAAAACUUAGGAACUACAGUGGACUACUUGAACAAGUCCGCGAAAGCAUGGGAGAAAACAUGGAAAUUAUUAAAAACAAUCUUAUCUCGCUCGAGGCAAAGACUCAACCAUAG